AUGCUGCAGAGCAUCGCGCUGGGAGGGAGGAGGCGGAAGUCCGUCUCCUACGGGGUGUGUCCCCAGUCCGUCUCCUACGCGGUGUGUCCCCAGUCCGUCUCCUACGCGGUGUGUCCCCAGUCCGUCUCCUACGCGGUGUGUCCCCAGUCCGUCUCCUACGCGGUGUGUCCCCAGUCUCUGACUGUCUCCUACAGGGUGCCCCCAGUCCGUCUCCUACGGGGUGUGUCCCCAGUCCGUCUGCCACAGGGCGUCCCCAGCCCGUCUCCUACAGGGCGUCCCCAGCCCGUCUCCUACAGGGCGUCCCCAGCCCGUCUCCUACAGGGCGUCCCCAGCCCGUCUCCUACAGGGCGUCCCCAGCCCGUCUCCUACAGGGCGUCCCCAGCCCGUCUCCUACAGGGCGUCCCCAGCCCGUCUCCUACAGGGCGUCCCCAGCCCGUCUCCUACAGGGCGUCCCCAGCCCGUCUCCUACAGGGCGUCCCCAGCCCGUCUCCUACAGGGCGUCCCCAGCCCGUCUCCUACAGGGCGUCCCCAGCCCGUCUCCUACAGGGCGUCCCCAGCCCGUCUCCUACAGGGCGUCCCCAGCCCGUCUCCUACAGGGCGUCCCCAGCCCGUCUCCUACAGGGCGUCCCCAGCCCGUCUCCUACAGGGCGUCCCCAGCCCGUCUCCUACAGGGCGUCCCCAGCCCGUCUCCUACAGGGCGUCCCCAGCCCGUCUCCUACAGGGCGUCCCCAGCCCGUCUCCUACAGGGCGUCCCCAGCCCGUCUCCUACAGGGCGUCCCCAGCCCGUCUCCUACAGGGCGUCCCCAGCCCGUCUCCUACAGGGCGUCCCCAGCCCGUCUCCUACAGGGCGUCCCCAGCCCGUCUCCUACAGGGCGUCCCCAGCCCGUCUCCUACAGGGCGUCCCCAGCCCGUCUCCUACAGGGCGUCCCCAGCCCGUCUGCCACAGUAUUUUAA